ACGUCACUACCGCACCUGCGCAGCCAUCUUGAGCCUUUAGAAAGCAACGGACAAGGCAGAAGAAAAUAGGAGUAAAAUACAACAGCCUAACCUGAGAAAACAGGGAUAUGUCCGCUAGAAUAAAGGAUAUAUGAAACAAUAAAGGUCGAAUACAGUGGAACGACCACUGGACAGUAACGGAGACGGUAAAACAGCCAUCUAAGUGCCUCGGAUACCCGGACCUAACGUUACAAGUCAUCUUUUUUGCCGGAGUAGGAAGGAAGAGUCGAGUCGCCGACAGAAAAACACAUUCAGUGAAACCAUGAAUCCCGAAUAUGACUAUCUGUUUAAGCUCCUGCUCAUUGGAGACUCUGGAGUAGGGAAGUCCUGUCUUCUGCUGCGCUUUGCUGACGACACCUACACAGAGAGCUACAUCAGCACCAUCGGAGUGGACUUUAAGAUCCGCACCAUCGAGCUGGAUGGCAAGACCAUAAAACUGCAGAUUUGGGACACUGCAGGCCAGGAGAGGUUUCGUACUAUCACCUCCAGUUACUACCGCGGGGCCCACGGCAUCAUAGUGGUGUAUGACGUGACAGAUCAGGAGUCCUAUAACAACGUCAAGCAGUGGCUCCAGGAAAUCGACCGCUACGCCAGUGAAAAUGUCAACAAGCUUCUGGUGGGCAACAAGUGUGACCUGACCACUAAGAAAGUAGUGGAUUACACAACAGCCAAGGAGUUUGCCGACUCUUUGGCCAUCCCCUUCCUGGAGACAAGUGCCAAGAACGCCACCAACGUAGAGCAGGCUUUCAUGACCAUGGCUGCAGAGAUCAAGAAGCGCAUGGGUCCUGGGGCCACAUCCGGCGGUGACAAGCCCAACUUAAAAAUUGAGAGCACUCCCGUCCGGCAAUCUGGAGGGGGCUGCUGUUAAAAGACCCCUCGCCCUCACUUGACCCACCACCCUGACCAUCACUUCCACUGAAAUCUCCCGUUCUUCUUCUGCUGUGUUCCCUCCCAUCAUCUCCGCCACUUCCACACCCCACCAGUCCUCCAUAACACCCUGUAACCCUCUCCCCCCUUCUUUCAGCCCACCUGGACAUCCGGGGAUGGUUGGCCAAACAGAAGAGUAAACUGUAAGAGUGUUAAGAUCCGAAAACAGAUUAAAACUUUACAAGGGUUAAUUCGGGCUUUCGAGAGCAAAGCGAGCAGUAUGUGAGGGAGGGACAGAAACAGACACCCAGGCCACUUUUACUUUCUGCCAGGAGCCCAGAUAGAAAAAAACAGAUACGGGGAAAGAUUGGUAUUGAUUUAGAGUGGAAUAAAGGCAGUGGGAGAUUAGGUUUAGAUACCAUGAGCUUAUCUCCGCACGCACACACACACACACUCACACUCACUCAAACACAGUAGUAGGGUGGCAGAGGUUAAAGAGAUUCCAGCCAAACACUUUUCUCCUUAGUUUGUGUCUGUUUUUGUUGAUCUCCUUCUUAGCCCCCUCCCGCCCAGACUUUUCGUACGCAACACACACACAUAGGUGCAGUGUGCUUGAGUUCCACUGGCAAGCUUCUCUGAACACGGCAGGAAGUGUUCCUAACCUGUGACUCAUCAUGGCCAUUUCUUGAUGAGGAUCCAGGGAAAGCCCAUACAGUGAGCCUCCUCUCCCUCAGCUUACACUCUCACAAGGUGUGUUCAGACAUGAAGAAAGGGAAUUUUCUCGUUAUAUCAGUUACGUAAGUUUAACCCACACAGUUUAAUCUGACUGGGCACAUACGGUUCUCCUCAACUUCUGUUAUGCUGCUCAAUUACCCGUUUGUAUGCACUGUCUAUUUAAAGGAAAUACUAACUUCUGCCAGCAACGAGCAAAUGACGACAACAGUGUCUGGCAUAUAGCCAAUGAAAUUGCAGCGUGGCAACAGGCAAUCAACCACACUUGGCAUUCAAUUUGUGACAUCCCCUUUCAUUGCCAAAGGCUGUAAACAUAUUAUUAAAACUAUUAUAUCAGCCACUGAUUGUAGAAUGAUACUUUUUUUGUUGUUGUUGCUUUAGUUAAAA